AUGAGGCAUUCUGAGUUGGAGGAGACGAAGAGCAAGUUGGUGGAGGCAUCGGAGACGAGUCGGCUAAGUCUGUUUCCGAAGUUGACGAAGAGACUGCCGGGACCGAUUCACUACUUCGUGGGUACGGAGGACGGGUUGAUAGGGAUGGUUUGUAUGCUACUGGUUGCGGUUUUGUCUGCGCUGCCACCGAUUCCUGUGUACGUGCCGACGAUUCCCGCACUGGACCAGAUGUGGCCGGGGCAGGAUGUGGCAUCCUCCCGGGAUGUGGCAUCCUCCCAGCAUGUGGCAUCCUCCGCCGCCUUAAGUCCGCCUUCUUCACCGCAUGUGGCAGUAGGUACGGCAACAUUGCGGCAGUCUUUGUACUAUGCGUGGCUAUGGUUACCAUAUUUGGUUGGGAACGCUUGGACGUACUAUGUGAUGAGGCGGGUGGAGAAGAUCCGUGCCAUGUCACAGUUGCAAGAGGCGUUGACACAGUACAAGGCGAGUCUACAUCGUGAGUACGCUAGUAAGCAUCGUAAGCCGGUACUAGAGGCGACGACCUGUGAGAUUUCGAUUCCUUCGACGACUUUAGUAAGUGUGUUACGUGAAGGCGAAUGGACGCGGUUGCCGUACAACUUGGUGGUGUAUGGUGACACGUUUAAAUUGCGGCGUGGGGAUGUGGCUCCUUGCCACGCGAUUCGUGUGCAAUUACGCUCCACAUUUCGGCAGUCACGAGUCGGCAGUCUGCCCGACUCGUAUGCCGUGGUAUAUGAUGAGGCAUCCAUUGACAAGGGGAACGUGUUCGAUGAAGACAUGGGUAUGUUCGUGAGUACCGAUACACCGGCCGUACAACAGGUUAGUAAGUUUCUUGAGUCAGCCACGCAAGCAAGGUCUUCGCGUUCGGCCGCCUUUAGUGACAGUCUGGCGGCGCCCUUUAUUAGCAACGCUGAACGCAUUUAUGUCUGGACCGUGCGUCCGGCCAUGCUUCUUUCCUUCCUGGCUGCAUGUGCCGUCGUGUGUGCCCGAUAUGUGGCCGCCAUCUGCCACUCACACGAUGUCUUCCCUCUCUUCCCCAGCGCUGCUGCACGCAACUAUUUACUGUCGCCCCUCAUCCUCUUGAUGUUAUGCAACCCUAUGAUCGUCCGAUUCGUCGACCACUUCUCCGAUAUCUGGGCCAACGCACGUCUUCAGUCACUCUUCCUAUUCCACCACGAACGACGCUACGGCCAACAAAAUGAAAACGAAGACGCCGCACCAGGAGCCGACGAAACUGCCGCCGAAGAAGCCGCCGACAGUACAUCACUUCUCUCCAGCAGCAGCGACGACUCUGUACUCAGCGACACCGGCUUCAGCAGACCGUCCUCCGUCCAUUCUGACGUCUCCGUCAGCAGAGUCCCAUUCCGAAAACAACUACAGGAACUUGUUUCCGUUUAUAGACAAGGACUCGACGGCAGCACCAAUCUACUACACGCUCUCGCCAGCACCACCUACCUGUGCUUCAUAGACCAAGACGCACUACUCACUGACACCUCCGGACAAAUGAAAGAAAUCUGUGUCCUCCAAGGCACAGAUAACCCCGAAACACCCGCCAUUCGCAAAACCGGCACCGUACCCUGCCCCCAAGGACGCGACCAGCAUUCUCCAAGUCCAAAACCACCGGGCGCAGCUCCAGACGGUCCCAGAUUAAUGCCAGACGGUCUUACUCCAGACCACCUGACACCAGACAUCGGUCUGACUCCAACCGUCGGUAUGGGGACCGGCGCGCCGCUGGGGCAAGAGUGGUCGGAGGACCUCCAGGAAAUCCGUGUAGGCACCGACGUUAAGUUCCGCCUACCCAAGACCCGCGAGGGAAGCAGGUUGGUCGCUGGAGCCCAUGUGGUCACCGGGACCCGGCUGGCCGCCGGAGCCGGGUUCGUGAGCAGCAAGACCGCGGUGGCUGGACACAGACCUGUCGCCUCAGGCGCUGGACACCGCAAGACGGGCGGGGGCCUUGGACCCACCGUGGGGUCCACCCUCGAAGGGUCUUCCAUUGGCGCUCUACGUUCUGAGCCGGUCGAGGGGUCCAGUUCUAAGCCGGACGAGUCUGGCGGCGGCUGGAGAGAGGCGAAUGUGGCUUUACCGCGUCCGAGGCUGGAGCAGCGAAGUACUUGCCUGGUGACGGGUGAGGGGGGAGGUUGGGAUUCUCGGUUGGUGGUGGAGGCUGGAAAUCGUUUCUCGAGUAUGGCUAGUUCGAGUUCAGUGCCGGACUUGCCGACAAUAGCACUGGCUCGGCGACGGGGUGAGGCGAUAAUUGGGGCGAUUCCGGAAGACGGGUCAUAUGUGUCAGAGACUUGGCGGCGUCGGGAGUUGGUCAGAGUCGGAGACACGUCUGAUGAAUUUUCGAUGGAAGACCUGUUUUCUCGGGAGUUCCCACUCCAUGGGUCCCCGCUCCAUGGGUCCCCACUCCAUGGGUUCCCACUCCAUGGGGGUCCUCUUGGUGGGGGUCCUCUUGGUGGGGGUCCUGUUGGUGGGUUCCGCGGAUUUACUGAUGAUGAUUUGCCCAAAAAGUCUGCCCGGUUCCGUGUGCACGCAUUGCAGUUAACGACUACGGCAUACGACGAAGGUUUCUACGAUGCGUAUGAGCGUGAGAAAUCGCGUUUCUCAAUGGAGUCAGCGGAGGAGCCGUACAUCCGUUUUGUAGAUGAGAGCUUGGGUAGGCAAUUGGAGCCGAAUAUCAUACCCCUGGCGCUUGGAUUGAAAUUGACGCAGGUCCCUGCGAUCCCGAAAAUGGUUGGUGCCUCCGUUGGUUGGCUACACACUCAACGACUUCACGACAUUUUUCAAAGGGAGGACUGGGACUGGAACUGCUGUCUCUGCGCCGCCGGAGAUGUCGUAGAAAAUUGCAGUCCACGCGUCAACCGCUUCGCCCCCAUCCGACAUGUCGUCCUACUCUCCAGUGGCGAAGAACUACGCGACUGCGAACCCCUCCUGGCAGAUAACAUGGAACUCACUCUACCCGAUCUACCAAGUUAUAGACAAUCAGAAACUGAACGUAGACCGCUACUUUACGCCGUUCUCGCACGGGAAACAUUACCUUACGCACGCUCAGACACACCAGCUUCCGCGAAUACGAAUGUUGCGGGGACCACACCCUUGGCGGAGUCUAAUCCGGAGACGAAGACCUCGCAGUCGAACACCUCGCAGUCGAACACCUCGCAGUCGAAGACCUCGCAGUCGAAGAUCUCGCAGUCGAAGAACUCGCAGCCCACAGGCAAGUUGGUAGUGACCGCUCCUCGGCGGUCGUUGUCGGUUCAUGUUCCGCAAUUCACGCCCAACAGGUCCAGUGCUCUGCGACAAGCCUGGCGGGCCUCAAGCGAGAACCUCAAGACACGCGUGCGACGAGUGGACGCGAAGCGUCGGAGGUCUCGAGUCCUCCAAGAGGCAAAGCCCGAAGGCGACUCAUGGCCAGAGGACCUGGACGGCGGCGGCUUGAAGGAGGAUUCCUGGCCCGAGGUCGCUUGGCAUGAUGUCGCCUGGCGUGACCCUUCGUGGCCGGAUGCCACGCGGGUUGCUUCUGUAACACAGGACUCACAAAGCUGCGAGGCCUCGAGAAAAAAAAGCGGGGACGAGAGUGCUAAGGUGAGUGUGCGGGACGACGGGGGGAAGUUAACCACUAACAGCCAACCAGUAGAACAGGAUGUGCACUUGUUCUUGAAAGGUUUGCCGGAAACUUUGUUGCGCGUUUGUCGGUGGUAUUUUGACGGGACGAAACUGGUGCCGAUGGACGAGGAAGUGCGGACGAAAUUGGAGACCCUGUUGAUGCAAUGGAAGAGCGAAGGUUUCGUGGUAUAUGGGGUUUCGUAUGGGCAGAUACCGGAAACCGUUGGGUCGUAUUUGCUACAGAGUCUUGAGGAGUACACAUUACUUUCCACUACAGAAGAAGGCGUGCUGGAUCCCACUGUGCACUGGGAGCCACUUAUAGGUUAUCCAGGGCCCCGGAGUGUAUUUCGAAGACCGGAGCCAUUUGUAUAUCCGAGCUGUCUGGAGGAGAAGAAGGACUUGACAAACUCAUCGGAGCCGACAAUGAACUUUUUGAACUACAAUAACAAGUUAAUCAGGACUCCCUACCAAGCCUUCCUGCCAAACGAACAGGAGGAGCCAGGUGUUAAUGGAACGGAUGGUGUGAAGGCGGAUGGUGUGAAGGCGGAUGGUGUGGUUGUGAAGGCGGAUGAGAAGGACGCGGGUAAGGACGCGGGUAAGGACGCGGGUAAGGUAGCGGAUAAUCUGUGGUUGUACCAUCGUGUGUCAUGGUUACCUCAUAAAUGUCAAGUGCGGGGAGCUGCUAUGUUGAAGCGUUUAGUUCAUAGUAACCUUGUAUUAUCAGGUUUGGUGGCGUUGAAGAUUUCGACGUCACCCGGAGUGCCGAAAAGAAUUAAUGAUUUUCAUUCAGCUGGGGUUCGUUUCUCUGUGUUCUCAGCAGGGGAUGUCCGGGAGACUCGUCACUUGGGUGAGCUUCUAGGUUUGGAGACAGGUUGGAAUUGUUUGAUAUCAUUGGAGGACCAUGAUCGUGAUGAAGGGUUUAUUAAUCAGGAGGGUAAUGAGGUUUUACCAUCUGGAAUACCUUGUAUUCGUAAACAUGUUCGUGAUGUAGAUAAUGUUCCGCUAUUGGUAUCGUUAUACGCUAAUUCUACUCCUAAAACAGUAUUGCAAUUUAUCAAAAUAUUACAAGCUCAAAAUGAAGUUGUUACCGUUGUUGGUAGUGCCUUAAAGACUAGCAACUUUGAUGUAUUCAAAAUCGCUUCAUGUCCUAUUAGCAUAUUACCCACUCCUCAUUCGUUAUGCAUCAAUUGCCAUGGACGUACAUGUGUAGGACCUAGAUACUCACCCAAAUUGUUACCAGAAUAUUCAUUUUCUGCCGCCUUAACAUCAUUACCAUGUGCUCUUCAAUCCCACGCAGUUUCUUUCCGUUCUAGUGAGUGGAAAAACGAAGGAAAAAAAUGGACUAAUUUUGGAGGAACAGAAUGUAAUGAACCACCAGAAUUCUUACUACAACUUCUUUACUCUAUAUUUCAGGAAGCUAGACGACUCAUGUCCGGUAUUCAAUCAGCAAUUACACUCGUAGUUCUAAUUAACGGCAUAUUUCUCAGCGGAAUCUUAUUCACUGUUAUUGUCUUAAAUCUACCACCUGUUAUGGACAUACAAGACAUAUUCAUGUUCCUUACCGUCUAUGUUCCUCUCAUUAGCUUCGUCAUGCUUGCUAACCCCGCUAGACCUGGGCUCAUGACGACACUUCCAUCAAAUAUAUUACCCGAAAAUAAACCAAAAACAUACGGAUCGAAAUUCAACCGAAACAAUCCUAAAGAAGAACUACCAUUUACUGCGGAUUCGGCACUACUACCAUCGACCGGUUCUCCACCACUAUUAUCAAAGUCGACAGAACCCAAGCCGCAAUUUGCCAAUAAAAAACUUCGAUUCCACAAUAACAAUGAUCCCAUAACAGGAAUUUAUUCAAAUUCAGACUCUAUUCAGAGUGACCUUAGUCAAGGUCCCUCAAAUGUGUGUACUACAGUUGUGACCCGGGAACCUGAGCAGUCUUAUGGCGGUCAAAUUGACGCUGGUCAAAUUGACGCUGGUCUAAUUGACGCUGGUCUAAUGGACGCUGGUCAAAUUGACGCUGGUCUAAUUGACGCUGUAUCACUCGAUCAGCACGCAAAAAUUACCCCGGGACUUGAACCAAAAGCCCAGCCAAGACCUGAACCAAAAGCUCAACCGCUCGGUUCCCACUCUGCACGUACGUCUGACUCUCAGUCUGCAAUACAAUCUGCAAUACAAUCUGCAAUACAAUCUGCAGUGCAGUCUGCACCUGAAGGGCAGACGGCGACAAGGGCGGUGCCAGAGCCGUUACUGCCGCCGGUCGUUGCAGAAACCUCGGGCAACCAGGAUAGUUCGAUGAAGGGUGUGGUUCCAGCGAAGCAGGGGAUGGAUGUGGCAGCAACAAACAACAUGGCUGCAGUGGCGGACGUGGAGGGUGACGGUGAGGGCGACUCAGGCCACGAGCGUGGGUUCCGGUUCCUGUUGAAGAAGGGUAUUUUGCUACAGGUGGGUAAGAUGGUAAUUCCGUUGAUAACGACGGUAUGUGUCGUGGAAUGGUUGUGGGCGAGUUCGGUUAAAGCGGCCGGUGUGGCUGCAGGGUCUUGGACGGCGGACGCGUUGCCUUCGACGUGUAGUGUGUGGUCUCAGUGGUGGGAGUGUUUACGAUUGGUAGAUGUGGCUUGGAUGUCGGUGGGAGUGAGUAGUGCGGACUUGUUGACGGUAACCUCACAGGUUGCCGUGGUUGUCAUUGUGGUCCACCUGUUCGUGCUCAGUGUCUGUCAUGUAUCGCGCUACGACAGUGUCACCUCCUACAACCCUUUUGAAAACAAGGCACUUCCUGUCGUCUUCGCGCUCAUCUUUGCCGUGGUCGGCGCCAAGUUCGCCCUACUAACCGCACAUCUACCCCGAAACGUGUGGGACGCCGUCGCGCCCUCCUGGGGCUGGUGGCUCUGUACCUGCGGCUCCCCCGUACUCACCCUCGUCGCCACCGAAACCAUCAAGUUCAUUGACCGACGCCAACACGCAAGACGCCAAAAAUUCCUCCGCCUCUUCUUCCACACCAGACUAGGCAUGUGGUCACCUAAAUAA